GUGAAAACAGUGGGUGCAUUGAGGGUACCGCAAGUAGCAGGUCCGUAGCUUACGAUCCCCACCAUAAUGCCGUCAAUGAUGGCAGGAUCACCAGUGUCUUUCUAGAUAGAACGGAUAAAAUCUCUUUCAAUGUUAUUCAAUAUUCUGGAAUCACUAGAACUUUUUGCAAAAAAGAAUCUAACAUUAUCUGAUAUACUAAGAUAAUUCUUUGUGACAGUCAUGGCUCAGAAUGCAAUUGGCUUAUUUCGAAAAAGAAAAAACAUAAUAUAAUAACUAACCAGGCAAGCACCGCCUCCUUUGGAGGUGAAUCCAGCGCAGAAAUUGGUUUCAGUUACGUAUACACUACAAAUAAAUAAAAACAUUGUAAUUAUCGGUUUCUUUGUGUAGCUGCUUAGAUUAAAACAUUAAUCUAAGUGUAACUGUGGGUUUUUAUCAUAGUGAAAAUAUCUGCUUGAGGAAUAAAAUGUAAAUGGAACCACCUUUAAAUAUUAAAGAAACGUCAAUAAUCAUUAAAAAUACUGAUAUUAAUAUUCUCACCUGGAAUAUAGCUCUUUACAACGAUUCCAAUCAUAAAAAUCUAGGUAUGCGUGGGAUAAUCUUUGAAAUCUAAAUGGUUCGUUUGCUUUCUGGAAAGAAAAAUUAAUUUAUAUUUUUAAUGUAUGCUACGGGUAUAAAAAAAUAAUUUAGAAUUUCUAUAUAUGCUACAUACAGAACAGAUAAAUAAGAAAAUAAUGGUGAGCAAAUGGUAUUUAAUAGGCGAUUAAGUAAUAUGAAAGUGGGUAGAUUUAUAGAAGGAAAAUAAAAAUAGUGUAAGGUGUUAGCAAUAACUGCUGAUUAAGACGGAUGGAUGGAUGAGAAGGUCGAUGGCGCAAGUGGUUAGUUCGGCUGUGAUCGUUGAAGUUAAGCAACUUUCGCAGUUGUCGGUCAUUUGAUGGGUGUCCAAAAAUUUACUAUCUCGAGCUUCUCCGUUCUUCGGAAGGAACGUUAAGCCGUUGGUUGCGGCUGCAUCUGUAGCCGUUAACACCUACCAAUCCGCACUAGGCCCGUGUGGUGGAUCAUGACCCAAUCUCCCUAUUCCAUCCAUAGAACAUCAAUAGGCUGAUGAUGUGAAGACGGAUUUACAAAAAAAAGAUACUAUGCCAACUCCAAAAAUACCAACAGGAAACAGGGCUAUCUUAUAUAAGGACUCACAUUCUUCGCUCCCCAACCCAGCAUCAGAAUACGUUGGGGCAAUGUCUUAUUAUGCUUAUCAUAGGAUACUUUAUAAACCUUUUUCAUCUUGUUCACCGAUCGUAUCUUAUUAUCCAUUCUGAGGAGGGCGAUGUUGUUUUCCAAAGUGCUUGAAUUAUACUUUGGAUGGAAGAAAAUUUUUGUAAUGGCGACUACAGCACCGUCGUACAUGGUGUAAUCGCUGCCGAUUCUCACCACCACGUCUAUGGAGUUACUAUCAUCCCGUUUAUUAGUCAGUAGGCUGGAUUUCAAAAGUAAAUAUAAUAAAAUAAUUUUAUAUUCCAUGAACCUUAGAUUCAUUCAACUUGAUUUUAUCUAAUCUAUCAACUUAAUUAAGAUGAUUUAUUAAUUAUAAUGUAUCUCCAAAGGACUUGCAUUCGCAUCUUUUCCACCAGUAUUUUUUUUAAUUUAUAAGUUUGAACAAUGUUUAAAAAGGCAUUUUUUUUAAAUGCUUUUAACAGAUUUGCAGCUCUCACAAAAGCAAAGCCAAAAUAUAAAAAAAUAGUCUUCGGUAUAUGUGGUAUGUAACGCAACUCAAGGAAAGCUGGUGUUGGCCUGGAGUAGAGAUAAAUGAAUUCAUGUUUUUUUUAUUAGUACUCACAUUUGCAAGCAAGAGGCUGCUGUGAUUACGAAAUACUUUUUGAUAAUCGCGCCGGCGCAUACAAACUCAUCGGCUACAUGUACGCUGGCCAUGAAGGGAUACCUUUCAAUCUUCGACGAUUUGCUUUUGUAAAUCCUUCUUCCUGAUAUAAGGUCCUUAAACGAAGGCCCUGUGUUGGAACAUCCAAAAUGAUUUUACAAUAUUAGGUUUGUAAAUGCUCUCUGUUUGUCUUUUUGUUAAUAACGAUAAUAAUAAUGACCACUUUGUCUCAAAAUUUAGUUUCUAUCUGUUGCAAAUCAAUUUUAUUUAAUAAAAGCGGGUGCUUGAUAAUUGUUUACUCCAUUUAAAAGUGUAACGGAUUAGAUUUUUAUGUAUAGAGAUUUAAAGAUAUUUAAAUCUCUAUACAUAAAAAUCUAUUCUAGAUCACGCCAUAACUCAUCAGAGAGAAUCAUUUAAACGAUGUCAUCAAAUUUUUUUUCAAGUUUUGUAUUACUUUUUACUUAGAAAGUAAAAAAGUUGGGCGAAACUAAAGUAAGCGCGGAUAAAGUAGAGGACAGAAGCUAGUAAAAAAUAUUUUUUAUAAACAAAAUUAUGUUUCUGGCUUACCUGGUACUUUAGGAUUUGAAAUUGUGUUUCUGUAUCCUGAUAUAUCGGUUUUUAUGCUGUUAUUAUUGCCAUACGUAUUAAAACCUUGUUUUAAUUUAUUUAUAUUGCUAAGAAAUUCUUUAAAAUAUUCUAUCAAUUCUUGGGAAAUGUUUGGAUAUCGAUUUUCAAUAGUAGUAUUUUUAUCUAAAAAUAAAUAUUUUUGCAAUAAUUCACACAAUACUGUUUCUUUGGCACCACCUGCUUUCUUGGUUAUUGGUGUGUUAUCGAAUUUGUUUUUUAUGUCACCAAGUUUAUUGUUGUUCUCAAUUAUGUUUAAUAGACUUCGGUGCAUAGUCAACAAAAGUUUCAUUCUUGUCGUUUCUUUGAAUGUAUCGUUAAGUUUUAGAGUACUAAAUAGUUGGUCAAGCAAAACAUGAAGCAAUUCCGUGUUUCUGUAGAAAUAAAUACUUCUGAUUUCUGAACUGUUCAAAAGCGUAUUAACAUUUUGAAUAUCCUUUGUCAAUGUGAAGAAUAUUAUGAAACAUAUUUUAUUUGAAGUCAUGAUGACUGGAAAUGGACUAGAAAAUGAUAAUAAUGACUACGUACUACAAGAUAAUAAUGAAAUCACCAAUUGCAGAAUAUAAAUAAAUAAAUGUAACUACUAGUCUAAUAAAAUAUGUAACACAACUAAAUUUUAUUAUUUGUUUAUCACCCUCACUAUAUAUUGUGAAAUUUCAAUUACAUGUUUCGCAAUUUGCAAUUUGAUUUCGAAACUUAUAUAAAAAGGUGUAAAUAAAACGGAUGUUGUAAAAAGUUGAUUUAUUUUUAUACCAUUUGAAUCAAAUAAGUUUCACUUCUUCCAGUCUAAGGAUCACAUUUUGGGUGAACAAAAUAGAAUUAUAUUUAUAUAUUUUUUUACUCAUACAUUUUUAUAUACUUUUAUAAUUAUGGCCCCUAAGAUCGGAGUAUUUGUUCCGUUAUUAUUGUACGUAGUUCAAAUAUUAGGGCUUCUUGAAUUGCCGACAGUUGAGGACAAUAACAUCUUGACGACGGAGACUGCCAUUCGGAAUACCAUUAACGCCCUCUUUUCCAGUCUCCUUUUGAAAGAUGUGAAGAAAAACCCAAGAUUGAAAGAGUAUUCCAUAGUGCACAACCACCUUAUAUCGUUCACGUUGCAAGAUUAUAACAAUUUGAAAGAAAUUGCAAAACUGACGAGAAUCAAUAAAAGAAAUAUAAAUAAUGAAACUACAAAUUUUAUGACCACACUCAAUGACUUGCUGAAUGAAGAUAUUGAAAUAGAACGUAAAGAUCUUAUUUACGAUAUUAAUGACGAAGCCGUUACAAAUUACGUUCAUCAGUUUCUAAAUAAAAUAGAAAGUUUAAAACAGGAACAUGGCGUUAAUGAUGUAAAUUUACAAAUAAAAAAAGAAGUUUAUGAUAUAUUGAAAGAAAAUGAGGUAUCAUCGUUUAAUGACACGAUGGAUGCAUCCACGUUUCAUAAAUCUGACGAGGAAGAUGUAAUUUUGGGUGAAAAUUAUUUUUGGAGACCAGAGCAAAAUGGACGCCGCGUGUAUCGCGGCGAGAGGGUCAAGAUCAAGUACUUCCCCUUCAUGGCGAGCGUGCAAAUAUUCAACCAGUUCUACUGCGGUGGCUCUAUCAUCAAGUCUGACCUCAUCAUCACAGCCUCUUCGUGUCUUCAGCUCGCUUACAACAACCGCUUCUUUCGUGAGAAUCCAGCUUUCCUCUCCGUCCGUAUUGGCACCACUUUCUACAACGGUGGGGAGAAUAUCGCAGUGAUGGAGGUCUACUUCCAUCCUGAGUACAACCCCAAGAACUUGAGGAACAACAUCUGCAUCCUACGAUUGGUCAGGAGGAUCAAUCUGAAAAAGAAAAAGGUGAAAAAGAUCAAUAUUGAUCGAACUGCGUCGCCACUGUCUUCGACAACAGAUGGCAUUACUAUCAUCGGGUGGGGAGCUAAGGGAACCAACAACUUGGUGAUGGAUCCGUAUCACCAACAGCUUUCGUUUGCUGUCCUCGAUAUAUAUCCACUGCAGGAAUGUCAGGAGGUAUAUUCCAGAGAGUAUGUUACAAGGAAAAACUUUUGCGCUGGUUUCUUCUCCAAAGGUGGAGGUGCUUGUAAUCGUGACGUCGGUGGACCAGGUGUGGUUGCAGGCCGCCUGACUGGAGUGGUCAGUUUCGGGUCUCCAGUUUGUGGCACUCCAGACGCACCCACUGUCUUCACCAAGCUCGGUUACUACAGCGACUGGAUCGAUGAGAUCAUGGCGCAGGAUGUCCCUAAUACAAAGAGAAGAACUACUUUACUGCCGAAAAGGGAGUUAUUCACUUUUGAGGAUCACAAAAUGCCACCGAAAACUACAUUCAAAAUCCCACCGCUGAGUGGAACCAUUAAACCUAUACCCAUAAAUGAGGUGAACGACUUGCGUAUGCUGAAGAACUCUGAAUUAUUCCAAGAAUUCUUAGCAACAAUGUUCGCAAACAAAGAUAGCAUGGAAAACAGGGACAUGUUGAAACAUCAUGCAGAUGAUAACAAAAUUUUAAGAAAAGAACACGGAACCACAGCAGUAGCUGCAAUUGUAAAUGAGGAAAUCGAAAGAACAGAAGCAGUACCUGAGCAUGUUCAAAUGACUGUGCAAAUGGAUGAUGAAUCGGCUACUUCGUCUUAUGACGCAGGAACUCCGAUAGGAAAUGUGGAGCCCGAUGAUCAGGAACUUUCGGAUGUAUUGGAGGAACCUACCAAAAAACCAGAUACAUCCAUGAAAAUUAGCAAAGAUGACGAAUUGGAGAAAGACUUAGUUGAACUUAUUGAUAAUAUUGAUCUUAAUGAGAUAAUUGACAAUAUAUCCAGUAUGGAAAAUGAUAAAGUGAUGGAUGACUCUAAAUUGUUACAUUUGUUGGGGAAUAAGCGUCCUAAUGAUAAAGGGUCUAAUAUCGAUGAUACUGUGCUGACUUUGUUAUAUUUAUCGGAUUCCGAAAAAAUGCCUAAUAAAGACAUUGAUGAAGAUUCGCUUAAUAAUGUUAGUAAUAAUGAGAAAAACAAAAUUGCAGAGCAAGGGCUGAGUAUCGACACAAGCCCAUUUGAAGAUAUGACGUAUAGAAACAAUAAUACUGAUUUAUUAGCCAGUCUACUUCCAGGAAUUGACUUAUACGAUUUCCUAUCUGAUAAAAUUAAUGCGGAUGAUGCUAAAUGAAAUAAAAUUUCCAGUAAAUUUAGACAAGAUUGAAAUAAAAAAUCAUUAUUCUGACGAUGCAGACCUGAAAAGGCUGCGAAACGUCAAUAAAUAAAUAAAGUUUCGUGCAUUAACCCGUAAACACUAGUUUUAUUUAAGAUUGCUUCUUUUUCUUGUUUAUACACUUGAAAUAUAGAACUAUCUACACCAUUGUAUAUAAGAUCAUUCAUUUAAUAAGUACUAGCGGCCGUUCGCGAUUUCAUACGCGUGGAGUUAGUUAGAAAUAAAGGUUCACUGCUCGUUCCCCGUAGGUGAUAGCGUGAAUAAUAUGUAGCCUAUAUGUUGACCCGACUUCUUAAUAAUAUUCGUGCCAAAUUUGAAGUUAAUCCAUGCAGUACUUUUUGAGUUUAUCCCGGACAUACAUACAGACAAACAGACAAAAAUUCUAAAAACUAUAUUUUUGGCUUCGGUAUCGAUUGUAGAUCACACCCCAAGUUUUCUUAUAAAAAAAUAUUCAAUGUGCAGUUUUGACUUUCCUACCAUUUUAUUAUAUGUAGUUUAAACGAGUUAAAUUAUUAAUACCUAUUUGUAUUAAAUUGCUGCAGUGCGGUUCUGUGAAAUAAAAUAGGUCACUCGCAGCAAAUUUGCUAAAUCUCGAUUCAACUUAAAGUAGAUUUACGUAGUAUAGAAAAAUGUCAAAACGUCUAUUUGAUAUUAUUGUAUGGGGUAAAUCUAGUUUUAGUUUAAUGAGUCAAAGCAAAAUUUCUGCAACUGGACCUGACUUAAUAAAUUCGUUUGAUAAGCAUUACGCUAUGUCACAGCAAAAUGUUGGAAUGACUGUUCAAGCAGCCAGUAAUCAGUAAUAGAUUUAAGACAAAUCUUAAAAAUCCGAAUAAAUGAGAUCGCAAGUGAGGUUACAGAAUCGACACGCCGAACUUCCCAGAUUCAGGUUACGAAGGGGCGCCAGGACCCGGGACAGGCGAUCCUUCGCAAGACGCACCCAACCCCUGGUCUUUGUGAUCUAAGUGUCGCCCCACACGGGCCACCGACCACAACCACAAAACGCCGCCACCAGCAUAUUUCGUGCAGUUUUCAUUCAUUUUAUAUGGACCACACACGAUACGCCGGUGGCCGGCACACGCUACAAAUCGUCGUUGCUUGCUUCUUGUGGCCCGCACCGGCCACUUAAUGCGCCGAUACAAAACGCCACCACACGUCACUCGCGCGAUUCCCCACCCCUCUCUCCCUUACCUUAGUCGGCCGUUGUCGCGCGCUUCAGCCACUUUAGUAGCCGCUUCUAGCUUCUCGUGGCGGCGUUUGUGGCUGUGGCGUGUAUCCCGUGUGCGGAGACACUAAGAUCUUCACGAUGCCUUGUCUGUCAUCCUCUGUUGAAUUAUGUGAAUUGGAAAUCAUCAUAAUGUUGUUUUUAAAUUGUAAUUUUGUAUUAAGUGAAAUCUUACUAUGAGCAAAAUGUGCCUACAUUUUAUGUAAUAUUGAAAUCUCUGGGUACGAAAGGUAAAUAAAAAAAAUGGGUGGGUGUACUUAUGUAGGCGCGUGAAAAGUUAUCCUUCUUUGGCAUCGUUUAAAAUUAGUUUUUAAUUGCAUGCAAAUAAUUAAUUACAAUAAAUUAAUAAAAAGUCUGGAAAAGGACACAGUCAAUAAAGUUCAGUUUUAAUUUGAA